AUGGCGAAGCACGGAGUCAAGUUAAUCACCCUCAGGGACUGCUUUGAGUUUCUGCAUUGGCUGCAUGAUGAUAGUCGUAUGCAACACCGGGUGGCCACAGAACUGGUUAGACGUUAUGGAAAUUCUUAUAAUCGUAUUUUGUUUACGGGCAAGCUGCCAGCUGAUGUCUCCGAAUUCCUCGAACGCGCGUCCACGUUCUAUAAGAAAUUAGUAGCUACACCAAUUGAGAAAAGUUAUGUCAAUCCGAGAGCAAACGAUGUCACCGAUGCGCUUCUAGAGUGUAUGCCCAAGUUCCUCGCCGCUUUGUAUUUUUUGCUCUACAAUGUGGAUAGAUGGUUCGAAGCAGUGGGAGGAGGGAAGUGGAGGUAUAAUUAUCCUGGGUGGGAGACUACUUGGGUGAGAUAUCUGUGGGAUAGAGAGUGGGGUGGUGAACUGCAGAAUUAUCUCAGGGCGUCCGGAUCUUAUCAGUUCGACGUUAUUCCAGGUGGAUUCGGCCCCGGAGAGGUGACGUAUGGUUAUGACUAUGGUUCUCGCUAUGGUUACUGGUACGGUGAGAGCAUGGUAGAUGACCUACAGAAGAUUUUGUACAAACAUAAUGAUAAGUACAAUUAUUUCCGGGACGUAUUUUUUACAACAGUCAUUUCUAAAUCCGGCUUACAGAAAUCGAACACUGCGAACGUUCUUGCAUUGGUGAAAGUGUUUUGCGAAAUCGUAAUUUCUGUAAAGAGCCCUGAUGGUGUGCUAAAAACUGCAGUGCAGAAAAAAAAUACAUGUAUAGAUUGGGAAGAAUUAAAACAGCAUUGCAAAACUCUUGAGCAGCAACUUGGCAAGUUGUUCAAUAUCGAAGGCUUUUCCUUCACCGGCCAGGCGCGGCGUGUUGAUGAGCUUAACACUGAUACAUUUGCGGGGGAGACAGCGGAAUGGUUUAGAAAUAAUUUGCACGAAGUUCAACAUAAUGUGAAACAAAUAGAUACAAAAUUCCCAGUCGACAACACUCGACAUUUGAAUUAUCUUCAGCAAUUUGCAACCAAAAACAUAUUCCCCUACGGUUUUAUAUUUGGUAAAGACAGAUAUGGAACGCUGGGAGACGCGUGGAAGACGUUGUCAGAUCAUUGGCCCGGUGUCAUAGAUAUGCUUGGCAAAAAUGGUGGCGGCUUAGCGGAGUUAAAAAGAAUUCUGGAUGGUGGACGGUGCCGUCCGCCGGCUCCCCCUCCCAAACCCCGACCUAGGCCGGCGCCUGCGCCCAGGCCCCCGAGGCCUGCCAGACCUGCGCCUACACAAGGGGCUUCCAGAACUUCGGCUGGAAUGACAACCGGUGCAAGGCAUCUUGGGGGUUCGUUGUCUCGUGGGAGUCAGGGUUCUGGUGCUAGAGGAGUGGGAGGGCAUAACCGUAGAAGCAUGAUCCAAGUUAGAGGAGGGGGGCAAAACAGUGGAAAGGCACGGGGACCACAAGAAAUGGAAGACACCACUCAGGGCCUCGAGGUGCUUCAGGAGCCAGGGGCGCACAGAGAAGCAGUGUUCCAGGGCAUACGGGAUCUACUAAGCCCCAACCCUUACAAUCUCAAAAUGAUUCCCAGCGUCAUUCCCAACAACCUCCACUUGUUGCCUCCAGUGCUCCUGGAGACCCUGCCAUCCCUAUUCAGCCAGGGGGCCCGGGUCCAAUUUCAACAGACAGUGUUACUCCAGACUCCGAGUGUCUCAGGUUCAAACACUGGGUCAGAUGGUGUCCAGGGGACUGGCCAACAUGGUGGUGGAGGAGCCGGGCCACCAGGUGGUGGGCACAGUGUUGGUCAAACACAGACUCCGUCUAAUAAUGUUAAAAAGUGUGAUGGUGUAUCCAUGUCUAUGAAUGGAAAGUCAGUGUGUUAUAGGCAGCCUACGAUUCCUAAGCCAACUAGGCCAUCCACCCUUUACCUUCCGUCCGAUGUUGAGGAGAAGAUUAAAAAAGCGGAUGUAGCGUAUCGCAAAAAGGAGGAAGAGGACAGACGCCAGGCGGAAGAGGCUUGGGAACGCAGGCGUCAGCAGAUGUAUGAUCAAUAUGACAGUGAAAUGCGUCAAAUGCAGCAGGCGCAAUUGUUGUCCGUUGAGGGCUUUAAUGUUAGCGAUGCGAUGGAUGGGAACGCUUUGCCGGACGUCUCCGCCCUUGUAGCGCAGAAACAAAAGGAGGCGGAGGAGAGAUCUAUAAGGCGUAAUAUUCAAUUUCUGCAAACAAUUCAAGAUGAUAUUAACAAUAAUCCUAAUAGUAAUGAUGCCGAUUCGGUGUUCAUGUCAGGCACUCCAAUCUCAGAGCCUGCCGCCCUGGUAGGGAGACCCGUGAAACAGACUCCAAACCACGGCCAGGCGGAAACAGAUGCUCACAAACAGCUACAGCCGAAUUCAAGUAUAGUCGUGGGUGAUAAGGUUUUGCCAACCCGCAAGCGUGCCAAGCCCCUUCUGCCAGUCCCCCCUGUUGGUGUCCCGAUGGGCCACGCAAUAGAGCCGCCGAAAUUGCCGAGAGCUCCAAAAACUCUGUCGGCACCAAAAGAUAUGCUGGACGUCACAGGCCAGCCUAUCACCCACACAGCAUUAGAAGAUCCGUUGCCACCGCCCCCAGCUCUCAAGCCGCCUGAGCCUGUGGAGCAGUAUCCCCCUAAGCCUGUCAAAGUUGACACGGAAGACAUGACAAAAUAUCUAGGGGUCUCUGAAGUAAUCCUGACAAAGUCCACUGGCAGUGAUAUAGCAGUUCCCCCACCUCACAAGGUGGACACUCAUCCGCCGCCAUCUCUGAUAGACGCAUGGACCAUCCCCAACCCCAAAAGAAACCGUCCCACGCCGCCGACCGCUGACGUCAAAAUUCCAAGCAUCGAAAUAUCACCAGACUCACGUAUUAUGACGGAGUCAAUGCUUGAUGUCAUGGGUUCUCCCACCACUGCUACUAACACAGCCCAUCCCUUGCCACCGCUCUCAGCCUUGAACCUGCCCUGGCAGCGUGAUGACACUGUUAGUAAAUUGCCUCUCGCAGUAACGCUUAAGGACCAUGAUAUUGCAGACUUGACACACGUCGCUAGCGAAGUAAUAAAAAUUCCAAUAGCUCAACUUACUGGAGAUAGUAAUUUGGCGGUAUCUGUUAAACAGGAACUCACAGGGCAGCCUGUUGCGGACACUAUGUUAUUAAAUCCCGCUCACCCUCCAAUCGAAUUAGAAAUCGAAAAGCGGCACAAAACUGAGAUUGCGUUCGACGCGCAAAUUGAAGCGCCACCCACAGCAACACAAGGCUUCACGAAACCACCGUCUCGGACUACCGUACCACCUAUGGAGUGGAUUGAGCCUGCCAUUUCCAUGAUGUCGUUGCCAGGUAAAGCUGCGGACGCAUUCACUGUCAGCGUGGAUGAACAUGAUAAUGUGAUAAAUCCAGGCGCUGCGGAAUUUCUGAAGAAGUUUGAUCUCAACACAACGCCGGAUGUCUAUCAAUGCCAAAACCCCUGGGAAAUGCUCCACUGGAUGGUUGGAUUGAAUCAAUAUGGGUAUGUUGCGAUUAUUAAAAAGCAUAUUGAAGACCUUUUGAGGGAGCUUAACGAGGAUGCCUCACAGCUCUCAGAUGCCCUCGAGGUCACUGGGGAUCCCACUCAGCUGACCGCUUCCCAUAUCUCCAACACUCUGACACAGGCGUGUCUCUACUCUGCCAGCGUUCUCCACAGGAUUAGGUAUAAAGACAUUUCGACAGCUGUUUCAACCCUUGACUUCAGCUCAGAAUAUUCCAAGCUUUAUUAUUCCAUCGACCCCGCCUGCCUCCUCUGCCAGCUGCGGGCCUACGCCUACGCCUACGCCUGCUAUCACCAGUUGACAUUCCUUAAGUCACAGUGUUCUCGGAAGGCAUCUGAUGGCGGUUGGCAGCAUUGUCAAUAUGGUGUUAAUGUAUCAUCUCCCAAGUCCCCACUUCAGGCCUUCCUGACUGACGCCCCCGACUCCAAGUUCGACACUCAUCCCUUCGACCCCUGCAACAUCUGCCUCAAGAGCCAUGUCUCCACUGGGCUCCGCCUCUCCAAGCCACAUGACGACUGCCCCGACUGGGACAUCCUUGGCGACGCCGACCUCAAUGCCGUCAAGGGCGUACGGGGCUCCGCCACUCCCAACUCCAUCCACCGCGACAAUGAUCAUCCCAAUACCCUGUCCACGCUGCUUGGCUGCGGCAUCGAUGAUUCCAAGUGCUCACAACUCAUGAAGCCCAUCACCUACCGGGCCUACGCCGUAUACUCCCCGAGCUUCGCCCACCACUACCUCAGCUGGGCGGUGUACCUGGCAGACAGACUGUGGGACUCACUGCUCAAGCUUCACUAUGAUCUCGAGAACCUUCAAUGUCACGACUCCAAGUCCAAGCCCCUCCACCAGUGUACCAAGGCCCUGCCGCUGCUCUACUCUCACGGCAUCACGCCGCCAGACGGGACAGUGCAGUCCUCACUCACGUGUUCGGCUGCCGUCACCAAGCUGGGAGAUGUGGUCGCCGGAAAGCCUAUCGCAAGCCUCAUGACCGCCAUGGACACAUUCCUCUACGGCAUCCGUGCGCCCUUCCUCUACACCAUCACAGCACUUUGGCUCAUCGCAACACUCUACAUCCUCCACUCACUCCUCUACCGCAUGGACGUCCUGCGCAUUCGCUCCCACCUACUCACCACCAGGGCCUCCCACCUCAUCGACGUCAAGGCUUUGCUCUCCACCAGCAGGAGAAUGCUCUCACUCUACAAGGACGUCGACUACUUUGACGAUGACUUUCACUCAUGA